GGAUGGGCCAGAUUGUGUGGAAAUGCUGCCUCCGUUUAGCUGCUAUCCGCGCUGGGGUUCGGGAGUUGUCCGGCUGAUGGCACACACAAGCUGCUGACUACAACGUGAGAAACGAGGGGAUUCGUCUUGGUUCGUCAAACACUACUUGCUUUACCCUCUGUGGAUAGAAAUAUCAUCAUCAUGCCGAGCUCCGACGGAGGGACGUGAAAAAGACCCACACUCAGUGAGCUGCCACAGCCGACGACGUGUUGCAAUUACGCGGAUAAACGAAGGAGCCGCCGCCGGUCUCCAGCGGGUUGAACAGCACCGUGAUUAAUAAGGCUCUUUGAUGGCAUGUAUCUGACUGACAGCCGGCACAUAACCGAGGGAGCUCCGGCGCUUUGAUGUCUCUGGAUCCAUUCAUCCUCCCGUUUGUAAUGACGUCUGCACGGUUAUUCUAAAUCUAUCGCUGAGACAUUUGUGAUUGCAUCCACCCCUCCAGACCGAGAGCCGGUGUCGGGGAGAGCGAGGCUGAGGCGGGUCGCCAGUCGGAAGGAUAUGGGAGAGCGAGCGGAACCGAUGCAGUGGGUCUUGGCAAGACAUCGUCAAAAUACAGGGCAGUGAUGCCUGGCAUGGUGAUGUUUCGGCGGCGCUGGUCAGUUGGCAGUGAUGACCUGGUGCUGCCCGCCCUCUUCCUCUUUCUAUUGCACUGCAUCUGGCUGGUGGUUCUGUCCGUGGUUCUGUUCGGCCUCCCGUACGGUUCAGACCAGUCCUGUUCUGUGACGCUGGUGGACCAUGGCCGAGGGUACCUGGGCAUUCUGGUCAGCUGCCUCAUCUGUGAGAGCGCCAUCAUGUGGCUGAGCAUGAGAGGCAGCAUUCUGUACACACAGCCCAGGGAAGCUGUCCAGUAUGUCAUCUACAUACGGCUGGCUAUUCUCUUGGUCGAGCUUGUGUAUGCUGUGGUGGGAAUUGCUUGGCUUGUCCAGUAUUACCAGCCGUGCUCUGAUGUCACUGCCAAAAACCUGGCUUUGGGAAUCGUUGCUUGCAACUGGCUGGUGAUAUUCAGCGUUUGCAUUACCCUCAUGUGCACCUUUGAUCCUACGGGUCGGACUUUUGUCAAACUGAAAGCGACCCGUCGGCGUCAGCGGAACCUCACAACGUACACACUCAGACACAGGCUAGAGGAGGGCCAAGCCAGCAGCUGGAGCAGGAGACUAAAGUUCUUCAUGUGCUGCACAAGAGCCCAGGAUACACAAUCAGAUGCGUAUUCAGAAGUGGCCAGCCUUUUCGCAGAGUUCUUCAGAGACCUGGACAUUGUGCCUAGUGAUAUUAUUGCUGGCCUGGUACUUCUCCGCCAGAGGCAGAGGUCUAAGAGAUCUUCUAUCCUGGACCAGGCCAACAAUGACAUUUUAGCCUUCUUAUCUGGAAUGCCUGUCACUCGUAAUACUAGAUACCUGGACCUUAAGAACUCGACCGAGAUGAACAUGUACAAGGAUGUGUGUUAUUACAUGCUCUUUGCCCUGGCUGCAUACGGCUGGCCCAUGUACCUAAUGAGGAAGCCUGCCUGUGGGCUGUGCCGCCUCGCCAGCUCCUGCCCCUGUACAUCAGUGUCUGGCUCUCGCUUGUCUCAGUCCGUGACAGUGGAGGAGGACAAUUGUUGUGGCUGUAACGUCCUGGCCAUACGGAGACACUUCCUGGACAGGGACCUCAAGCAGGUUCACAUUGUCUACACUUCCUGCCACGAUGCUGUUUAUGAGACUCCGUUUUUUGUGGCAGUGGAUCAUGCGAAAAAGAAGGUUGUCAUCAGUAUCAGAGGAACCCUAUCGCCAAAGGACGCCUUGACCGAUCUGACAGGGGAUUCUGAACGUUUGCCUGUAGAGGAGCAGCACGGGACCUGGCUCGGCCACAAGGGGAUGGUUUACUCAGCAGAAUACAUUAAGAAGAAACUGGAGCAGGAAAUGAUCUUGUCACAAGCCUUUGGAAGAGACUUGAACAAGGGCACCAUGCACUACGGGCUGGUGAUCGUCGGGCACUCUCUUGGUGCAGGCACUGCUGCUAUCCUCUCCUUCCUGCUGAGACCUCAGUACCCCACACUCCACUGCUACUCUUACUCUCCACCUGGUGGCCUUUUUAGUGAGGAUGCCAUGGAGUACUCCAAAGAGUUUGUCACAUCUGUGGUAUUAGGAAAAGACCUGGUACCAAGGCUCGGCCUGUCACAACUGGAGGGUUUCCGACGCCACCUUCUGGAAGUCUUGCAGAAAAGUAACAAGCCAAAGUGGAGGAUCAUAGCGGGAGGCACCAAAUGCAUCCCCAAAUCAGAGCUUCCAGUAGAGGACGAUGAUCCUCAGUCGCAGCCAGCGGCGCCUCCCAGCAGCCGCCUGUGGCUCCACCCCAGUGACCUCAGCAUUGCCCUUUCAGCCUCCACCCCCCUCUACCCUCCUGGCAGGAUCAUCCACGUGGUGCACAACCAUCCUCCAGAGACAUGCUGUGGCCAGGAGGAGCCAACCUACUCAGCUCUGUGGGGGGACAACAAGGCCUUCGAUGAGGUCAUCAUAUCACCCGCCAUGCUUAAUGAGCACAUGCCCCACAUGGUGAUGGAGGGCCUCAACAAGGUGCUGGAGAACUACAACAAAGGGAAAACCGCUUUGCUGUCAGCAGCCAAGAUCAUGGUGAGCCCCACAGAAGUGGACUUGAACCCAGAGAGCAUGUUCGUGGAUACAUCAACGACUUCUCAGCAGCCGACGCCUACAACCCACCACCGCAGGAACAGUAGUGUUCGACAAAAAACAUUAUUACGUUCGUGUGCCCAGUCUGAAAUAUCUCUGGAUGGUUUCUCUGAGUGCCCUCCUCCCCCAGUGCCUGUAGUGCUGCGUGGAGCACGGGAGCGCCUGGCAGUGGAGCUGAGGGACCGCAAAGCUCCUCUGGCUGUCAUGGAGAGCCUCUCAGACGCCGAGUCCCUCUAUAGUCUCGACUCCCGACGCUCCUCAGCUGCUCUAAGGGGUUCGCCCAUGCUGAGCAGCCUCCCGUUCCCUUUGGACGCCCCGAUCCCCGAGGAGAACCCGUCUCUCAGCUCUCGCACUGAACUACUAGCUGCUGACUGCCUCUGCCAGGAAACGCCGGAGCACUUGGGCGAGGUCGGGCCCUUCUUUACCCCUAUGGAUUCCAGAUCCACCCCUGAAUACCCCAUGCGCCUGUCUCCGGCCACACCUCGCUACAGUGGACACCAUUCCCCAGCUCUGCCAAACCAGGCUCAGCCUUUCAAGCAAGAGCCCAACCGAAAAAUGCUUCCUGAUGGGGACGACCAACAGAUUCCUGGUGUCUACAGCCCCGGCAGCACGCCCAUCGCUCCCCUGAGCCCACAGAUUGGUUCUAGACCGAUGGAUAGAGAAAGUGAAGAUUGGGAGCUGGAGUCGGCAGGGAAACAGUUCGGUGCAGAGACCAGGCCGGCAGCUUCUACUCCUCCACCCCCACUAUCCAACGGAAACCCCAGCCAGGCGGUGCUGGAGUUCGCCCAGUACUUAGACUCUCUAUUCAGACUGGACGGCAGCAGCUCGCCGCCUCUGGAGCUGUCUGACGGCGAGUCGGAGUCAGGCCGGGGCUCCUUCGGCCAGGGCGAGUGUCUCGGAGACGGACAGCCGCUGGACGACAAACAACUCCUGGCCAGAGCAACACUGGAGCCUAACCUAGUCCCCAAGCCCCCACGCACUUUUGCUGGAUCUGCUGACCCCUCUUCCGGCAUCUCUUUGUCCCCCUCCUUCCCUCUCUCGUCGUCCGAGGAGCUCAACGACCUCUCCCCCGGCGAGGGCGCCCUGCCGGCCAUGCACUCCCUACGAACAUCUAGCCCUCUCCAUUGUCCUGAGGAGAACACACUGUCCUCUAUGGUGUAGACUCCCAUGUCCUUUGCUCUAAAUUGAGAGGUGCAGUCAUCCAAAAUGUAAAACAUAUCACAGUACAUGCAUGCGAUGGAAUGCAGUCACUCAUCAGAGAUCCGACGACAGAACUCGACUGACCAACUCACAAACUAUACUUCAUUCUUCAGGUGUCCCCUGUGAACGCUGUUAAUAGCAUUUUCACACUAUUGCAAUGACUAAGAUUAAAAAAAGAUACCUCUCUCUGCAUGCCAGGGGGCUGUACUGCUUUUGGGUGAAUAUAAAUAACUGUAGCUUCACAAUGCCAUUCCAAAACAAUGUCGUCUCACCCACGUAGGGACGUUGCAUCAAUUCCCCGACUUAACAAAAUCAAAGGGAGAAUACUUAACUGAGCAGGGAUUCAAAAACUAACACUGUAGAAGAGGUUAGCAUAGGCACAUCAUCUGGGUUGAUGUACUUUACAACUUCCUGCACCCUCAGCAGCUCCGGAGAAUUUUUGUCCAGCUUUUCGUUUCAUUUUUAUUUUUUCAAAUCAGGAAUGUGAAGAUGGACAUAUAUAUUCGUCAAUCAAUAGAAGUGAGAAGACAUUAUGAAAUGUUCCUCAGGUCUAUAAAGAAUUGACUUUGAGAAAGAGAGUAAGUGUGUUACAUUGGUGAGAAUUCAUGUGUCUUAAAAAUUUAGUGAUUGUGACAAAGUUAUUACAGACGCCUAUGGAUGUUUUUGAGUCUUUUGGUUACUCUUUAUAGUGCAUGAAGUUUUUUUUUCUUUAUUUUUAAAGAGAAAUUGUCAAUAAGCCACUUAGAUUGACAUUUGGAUACUCUUGCACACAUCAUAUUGCUCAAUUUACCCCCCUUUGCCAAAAAAUUUAAUACAUUGUAUUGCCAAAUGUAUUUAUGAGAUGUAGUUUUGUAUAUGUAUAUGGAUAUUGCUUUAUUUAAACAUAAGCUAAGUUCAUUAUCUCCUUCCCAUUCUGUUGGUUCCCAUGCAGACUGUUACACAGCAACACCACAGAAAAGAUGCCAUCCUGACCUUAAAACACUGCCAUGGCUUUCAUUUGGAAAACACAACCUCUGUACUUUUGGGUUUGAACCAAUAAUGAACUUGCAAAUAGCCUCCUAACUACUGUACCUUUCUCUUUGGGAGAGCUCUUAGCAAUGUGCCCAGGUCAGGGUCUGCAUGCUUUAUGCAUUUCAGAGUAGCAUGGCUGGUAUAGAACAAGUCUUGUCAUUAAGUCACAGUAAAUAAGCUCUAAACAUGUGCAGAAAUUAUAAUAUAUGUAAACUCAAAAACCUUUUUAGAGGCUCAUAAAACGCCCCAGGAUAUCAUCUCUCUUGUUCUCAAGGUGCUCACGGUCAUCUUGGACGUCAAGGUGUUUGCUUCCCUUUAAUGUGGUUCAUCUCAAGCACCCUUGAGGUUGGACUGAAUGAAUGGGCUCGAAAAAAAAAACAUCACGUAUGCCGACUCUAAAUACUGUUGGUGGCAUACACUCUCUUCCAUAUCACUCUGGGUGUAACAGGUGGCUCACAAUUUGCAUUAUUUAUUACCGUUAAUGUUGUUAUCACUUUUAUUGCUAUAUUUGAUGGUAUUAUUAUCCUUAUUGCUCUUGCAACAGAUUGGUUUGAUGUCAGUGGUUUUUAAUCUCAGUUUUUAUUUUUAUUUUUUUAUUUCUUUGGGACAGUGCGGGGAACUUUUUAGACUUUCCCAAAUGUAAGGAGUUCUAUAUUUCAGCUUUUUUUCUGUCCGAGUGGAAAAAGUAUUUGACAUUCUGCCAUGGCAUGGGGACAAUAUGCUCUUUUUACAAAUGUUCCAUAGUGGUGAGACACGCUGCAGAGUGACAGCCUGCAAGCAGUGACCUUUGGUGCAGCGCCACCGUCAAGCCUGGAGUCACCGUAGUUAUCUGCACAGUCUCUCGAUUUGGAUUCAGAUUUGCUGUGAUUACUCACAGCGCUCAGCUCCAGCCAGUUUACAGUCUGACACUACUCAAAUCAUGCUGCCAGUCCCAGUAGACUAUCACAAGAUACACUAAGGUUGGGCCAGCAGUUACCUACAUGCAGUAGCUUUGCUUGCACCCGGUCAUACACUCAAACACUCCUGAAAGAAAGCACUACAAUAUUUUCCACCAUGAUGUGUACAGCACCAUGUUCUAUGUGUAAUUAUUUAUGCAGAUGUCUAAAAAAAAAAGAAGAUGAAUUCCAAUAGAGUCAUGUAGAAAACAACUAUAUAACAACAAGGAGAUAAUGACUAUAUUAAAAGAUAUCAGUAUUGACAUAUAGAAGAAAAAAGAUAUUUCAUCUGAAAGUUAUUUAUUCAAACUAUUGGCAGAGUAUCAAAUUGGUCUAUAUUGAAAGAAGAAUAAUUCAACUAUGUCUUGUCCAUGUUUACCUGGUUUGCUUCCCCUCCUUUCCUGCCCCACAAUGAGAAUGUAUUUAAUCCCUCCCCCUCACUGCCCUGCCUGUAAUGGAAUAAACUACAAACCAUGAAAAUAA